AGUAGUUGGGUCACUGGGAGGGGCGACUCCGGGUAGGGGAGUGUGUGCUUGUCAGUCAUCCGCGAGGCGGUUUUGGAGCACAACAAGCGCCGACCCGGAGCAAUCAGAGACCUACAGGUCUGUGAGAUACCCGGCCUACAUGGAUUGAGUUGAUGAUAAUCCUUGGUGUAUGUGGCCAGUAGCUGGUCCAUUACAAAGCUCCAUAACAGAACUACAUGAAGGUGAAUGAUGGAAGUGCCCAAGUACAUCUUCUGCGAGUGGGAGAGUCGCUUAUGGCCAGCAAAGUUUGUCCGUCUCCUCAGGCACAGAUUACUAGAGUCUGGUAGGAGGGGCAUAGAGGGAGGAGCCAGCCCACACUAUCAAAUUCUUAAAGUGCCCAUGGCUCCUAGUGGACCCGUCUAUACCCCAUGGUACUGAAUGGAACCCUAGUAUCCUCUACGGACUACGAGAAAAGUAUUUACUGGUUGUGUCAAAAGCCAGGCACCUACCGAAGAACAACGAGCUGAUGGUAAAGAUAUUUGCAGUGAAUGAAAAGAUAAAUGUGAAGUUCCCCGAUACAAAGCCCUUCCUGAGGGUUGAGUUAGACAAAAUUGGUGAAACGCUAGACAGGACUGAGAACUGUGAGGAAACAAAGGAAGAACUGACCUAUCGGAGAGCUUUGAGGGAAGCUCUAGAAAUCAUUUCACGAAUUUCGAAGUCUGUAACUGAGAAUGUUGACAAAUUAAAGGAGUCUACAAGUGCAGGUUCUCAAAUAUGUAUAAAGACAGAGACAACUAAUGAGGGAAAAGAGUGUGAUUCGUCUACAGUCAUCACUGAGCAAAAGAGAGCGAGAAAAAGAAGUAAAGCAAAAGGGGACCUGAAAACCAUAAAAGAAAGAGACUUUAGUACAGCCACCACUAAUGAACUCUCUGUGUAUCCCAAGGGACUUGGCACAAAAACUCUGUCACCAUUAACUAAGCCAAGACAUAUAGACAAUAGAAAAAUAAGUAGAAAAAGGCAGCUAGACACUGACGAAGAUUUCUGUGGAAAAAUAACGACACUUAAUGUUCUAUCCCAUUCAAAUAUUACAGCAGACCAGCAAUGCUCGCCUAAAAAUGGAAUCGCAAGGGGAAAAUUAAAGGGCUCUCCCUGUUCAGCAAAGGAGGUGGAUCACUUAAUCACAGCCAGUGUUACAGGUAACCGUGGGUCAGGCAAAAUAUGUCCCAUGCACAGCAGACGACGUGUGAACAAAAACAAAGUUCAGAAGAUCAUUACAAAAUCACUGGCUACGUCUUCGGCCACUGACACAUGGCACGAUAUGCCAGAGGAGAGAGGAUUAUCAUCUUCUUCUGAACUGUCUAUGGAAAUCAGCUCUCCAGAAAGCAACUUUUUGGAUCUAAUUUCCCAACAGGAUGAUACAGAGGAAGAUAUACAGCUGCCAGUCAUUGCGCUCCAACAAGAACCAGUUUCCUUUGUGCCUGGGUCAUUUGUCUGGUGUAAAUAUCAGCGCUUCCCAUACUGGCCAUCAUUGGUACAAGCCGUGUAUAGUAAGGACAAGAAGGUCCGUGUAAUAUUUCUGGAUCAUUCCCUUUGUGAACCCAAUGAAAAAAAGCAAAGUUACAAAGUUGCAUUUCAUGCAUUAAAGCAUUAUGACUGCCCAGAGAAACAGCAAUUGAUGGAAAAUCCUUAUAAAGAUUAUUCGAAGUUCUUUGUCUGGUGUAAUGCUGUAAUAUGUGACUAUAGGAUCCGCUUGGGUUGUGGUUCUUUUUCUGGUUCUUUUAUAGAUUACUGCACUGCAGACAUCAGUUUGCCAGUGCGGCGAGAACGUGAUGAUGACAGGAAAUGGAUAUUUUCCUCCUCAAUAAACCCAGGAAGUAGCGACCUUCAGCCAGAGAUGGCUGACAGCAAGCCCAAUGUUAAGAGGAAGCUGCUCCCAGACCGUAAACGGGCAGCCAGGGACCGGGAAAAUAUAAAGUUGGUGGACUAUAUUGUAAGGACUAAGCGGGCAGAGAAUCAUCUUUUAGGUAUCCUUAAGGGGAAGAAAAAGUCAAAAUGGUUAAAGAAGUUCCAGUCCUCUAUCCGGCGUGUGAAUUGCCUUGAGACAUAUCUUGAAGAUGAAGAUCAGAUGGAGCUUGUGGUGGCAUAUCUACAAACUCUCUGUGGGAAUAUGAACAAUGCAGAGAAAAAGCUAAUGAAUGGAGAUCAAACGAGAUUUGUCCUUGAGGUGCUACUUCCAGAGGCUGUCAUUUUUGCUAUAUCUGCCACCGAUCAAAUCAAUUAUGAGAAAGCAGAAAUGAAAUACUUAAAAGGGCCUUCUGUCAGUAAAAGGGAACGAAAACAGUUUGAGGAACAGAUUUUGGAAAAGAAGAGAUUGUCAGAAAAUCUGGACUGUGAAAAGGGAUCAAAUUAACUACAGAGUGAAAGUUCUUUUUCCAGAUAACUUCUGAUCUCCAGCUGAUGAACUGGCUGUGCCUGCUUGUCCUGAUCUCGCGUUCUCUUAUUCUGUAAUCGGGUGUUUGUUAUAUGAAUAUACUAAGAAGAGAAUGUUGUACAUUCCAGUGUUUGACCAGAGCAUCCUUGUAAUGCAGUGACAUGCUACCAAGUAAAUCGCAACUGUUAAAAGCCGUUUUGUACUAGAAGUAUUUUCCUGAAACACACUAAGUUUACCCUGAGUGCCUCUGCACAUCUGCUUUUGUGGGGAUCAACUAUUCUAUUGGUAUGUACCAAUGCUUCUGUUAUACAUACUGUACAUGAAAACAGUACACCACUCAGGGUCUACCUGUCCUUUUUCCAUCCGUUUAUAAAUUGAGAGCAAGAAUCUGGUUUGUCUUUCUAUGCACUAAUUUUUAUAAUUAACCUUCACUAUGUGUAGAAAUAUUCUGCCAAAGUAUUUUCAGUGUGAAGUCUGAUGCUCAUCAUGUUGUACCUGUCGCCUUACAUUAAUGUCAAAUAAUCAAUUCAUAAUUACUGUUAUUGAUUAUUUUCUUUAUAUUGCUUGAUCUUUUGUUGGAAGAGAGUGAUUACAGAGUAAAACAUUUGCCCACCAGGGCUUACCUACCUACAUGCUAUAUAUAAAUUCUUGUAGAAACCAUGACAUUAUGAAAUCGCACAUCCUGUUAAUUCUGUAUAAUUUUAUAAUCUGGAAAUUACAAUCAUGCACACAGAUAUGAAUAUGUCCUGAUUCUACUGUUUGCUAGUCCUCCCAUAGGGAAUACAUACGUACAUCUAGUAUUAAUUGCACUAGUACAGUAUUAUUGAUGGCCAUCAAGAGGAAAUCAGGAAUUCUUGAGUAGUGUGUUGUACAUUAUCCGCAUUGGUCCCAUCAGCAUUAUUUUUAGGUUGUAAAUGUUUACCCUUUUUUAUUUUAUUUUUUUUUGUGAAUAUUUCCUACUGUUUAACAGAAGAUCUCUAUAAAUAUUUUGUUACAUGCCAACAAAUAAACCUUUUACAUGCA